AAUAAAUUACAUAAAUAUAGGUUUGGGGUCGGUUUUUGGUCCUUUAAAGCCGAAAAAUGGAAAUUUAAAAAGUUUGUGAACGUUUAUGAAAAAAUGAAAUGGUUAGCUUAAGCGAGGAAUUCGAAAGAACGUGGGUAACUUGUUUAAUAGGUAUAGGUUUAUUGGGUUUUGGAUGCUGGUUACUGACUUGGAAUGAGGGUAGAGCAGUCCACCAUGCUCAUUCCUUAGAUGAGACAUAUCAAAAUGCUGUAAUUUUAAACCUUUACGAUUUACCUUUAGAUUCCCAAAAUGGCAAGGUAGUACAUGUUACAGGAAACCUUUUAAUUGAUGAACCCUUAACGGAAUCUGAGUACGGUGUAGCUAUUCAAGCUGUAAAACUAAAAAGAAGGGUGCAAAUGUAUCAAUGGGUCGAAGAAAGAUCACCAAGGACUGACGAUGAUGAUACAAAUGCAGGUACUUUCAAUUCGAUUAGUGACUAUUAUUAUGUCACUGAAUGGAGGGAUAAAUUAGUAGAUAGUACCAAUUUUUAUAUUAGACAUGGACAUGAAAAUCCAAGAGAAAUUCCCUUAAAAUCUGUAACGUAUGUAGCCCCAGUGGUUAAAUUAGGCCACCUUGAACUAGGUGAAGAAAUUAAAGAAAAAUUUGAUGAAUUUGUUGAGAUUACUAGUGAUGAAAGACCUGAACGAAAAGAUGUAAAGCUACAUAUGGGUAUAUAUUAUCAUUGUGAUGAUAUAUGGAACCCAGAAGUUGGUGAUAUGAGAGUCCAAUUUUAUUAUGCUGGAGGAACUGGUGAGGCAGUUACAAUUAUAGCUAAACAAGAUAACGAUGCAUUGGUUCCUUAUGAAACAACAGGAGGGCACAGUAUUGCUCUCUUAAGACAAGGAAAUUUAAAUAUUAAUCAAAUGUUUUCAGCAGAACAUUUUGAUGCCAGACUGGAAACUUGGAAAUUUCGAGGGAUUGGAGUCUUUAUUUUAUAUGCUUCCAGUGUUUGUCUUUCUAGAAUUUUAAAAAUCAUGUAUGUAAACUUAAAGUAUAACAAAUAUUUGAAAGCAAUAGAAGAUGCCAGAAAGAAUUAUUCUCCUUGUGAGAAUAUAAAAUGUUCAUGUUAUUCCCAUGUAAUUUCGAAUGAUUUGGAACCUUUCAAAAACGGCAUAUCUAAACAAAUUCUAGAUGAUAUCAAAUCAAAGGGUACCAAAUAUCAAAUAAUCAACAACCGUCUGUACCGUGAUGAACAUUGUAUGUUUCCAGCUAGAUGCUUGGGAGUUGAACAUUUCCUAUUGGAAUUAAUUCAACAAUUACCGGAUGUUGAAUUUAUUCUGAACACAAGAGAUUGGCCACAGAUACAUAAAACACACAGAUUAGUUGCUCCUGUAUUUUCAUUUAGCAAAACUGCUGAUUAUUAUGAUAUUAUGUACCCAGCAUGGGCUUUUUGGGAAGGAGGCCCUGCUAUAAGUUUAUACCCGAGAGGCAUAGGAAGAUGGGAUAUACACAGAAAACAGUUGGGAUUCUUAGGAAAUUCUACCAAUUGGUCUGAUAAAAUGUCAAAAGUGUUUUUCAGGGGUUCUAGAACAAGUGCCGAAAGGGAUCCUUUGAUACUUUUGUCUAGAGAGUAUCCUGAUUUGGUUGAUGCUGCUUAUACAAAAAAUCAAGCUUGGAAGUCCGAUGCUGAUACCCUUCAUGCACCUCCUGCCAAAGAAGUAUCAUUUGAAGACCACUGCCAGUACAAAUAUCUAUUUAACUUUCGAGGAGUUGCUGCCAGUUUUCGCUUCAAACACAUGUUCCUCUGUAAAUCUUUAGUUUUUCACGUCGGAAAAGAAUGGCAAGAAUUUUUCUACUCACCUUUAAAACCGUGGAUACAUUACAUUCCUAUAGAAGCUAAUUCCAGUAAAGAAAAACUUCUUGAAAUAUUACAGUUUGUAAAAAAUAACGACGACAUUGCUAAGGAAAUAGCUGAAAAUGGUUAUAACUUUAUUUGGAACAAUUUGAAGUUGUCCGAUGUUAGAUGUUACUGGAAAAAAUUGAUUAAAAAAUAUGCUAAGUUACUGACUUUUAAACCUGUUCUGGAUGAGAAACUAAUUGAAAUUAAGGGGAAGUAAUAAUAUGUUCUUAUACACCAAAGGAAAUUUAUUUGCUACAAUAGAUUCCCUCUAGGUAUUUACAGAUUUUUCAAAUUUAAAAACAUCAGGUUUAGUUUGUACUUUGUUUUGAAAGGUUUAUUUAUAGAUGUCAAAAAGGUGUUUUGGUACAACUGUCAAAAAAAGGUUUUACUCUCAGAUAAACAAAAGAACUAGAAACAGGCAUUCCUUUAACAUAAAGCUUUGUUUGAAGCAAGUAUGUAUAAAUGUUUGACAGUUUGGUUCUCCUCACAAAAACCAAAAUAUUAAAAACAGUAAUAGGAAAUAAAUAAGUUUAUGUUUUUAAUUAUAAGUGAUUUAUUUUAGGUGAAUCAUUUUUUGCACAUCUCCUUUUAGCAUUUUUUGUGUUUUUUAUCCCAAAUUGAAUCAGUCUUUCAGAUCUAAUGACAGGCCUUUUACUUACAGUUCCAUAUCACUUGUCUCAAUAUUUUUUCAGUGCCCCAACAAGCCAAAAUCUGUUAGCUAUAGAUUAUACAUAUACAAAGUGGCCAAAAACGUCUCUAGUGGGGCUAAGCUGCUGUUUGCUCUCUAGAUCCAUAUUUUGGGUGAAUUUAUCCAUUUUUCCGUAUCCUGUACUUUUUCUUUCCAAUUAUUCACUCCUGCCCUGCGUGGAUAGGGUUGCCACCUUUUCAUUUCUCAAAACCCGGACCUUUGUGAAAUUUCUAAAAAAAAAAGAAAGAAAGUCUUCAGCUCAUAAUUUUAUAAACCAGGUCCUUCUGUCGAGAGAUUCUAAAAACAAAGGUCUAUUUAUACACCAGCAGGUCCUUCUGUCGAGGUUUUAAGAAAAGUUAUUCAGAUAUUCCCGGACAUUUUCAUCGUGCGACCGGACACCGGACAAAUUGUUCAAAACCUGCACAGUUCGGGUGAAACCCAUACAGGUAGCAUCUCUAUGCGUAGAUCUUCUUUCACUUCCUUCAGCCAUCCUGCUCUGGGUCUUGCACUCCCUCUGGGGUCCCAUCGUAACAUUGAAUUAACUAAUAUUCCAUUUCCUGCUCUCCAAAUGUGUCCCAACUAUCUAACUUUAGAUUGUUUUAUUUUUGUUAUUAUUUCUUCUUCUAGCUCUUAAUGUCAUCAUUUGUUCUAAUUCUGCAUUCUUCUUCUGUGAUUGGUCCUAAUAUUGCUCCCAUAAAUUUUCUUUCCAUAAUUCUUGGAUCUUCCUCUUUUCCAUGAUUUUUCUUAUUUUUCAAAUUGUCACUAUGUCAUCUGCAUAUGCAACGACUUCUCCUCCCCCUGUUCUCAGUGUCCCAUUAUUAAUUUCACAUACUCUAGUAAGAAGUUGAUAGCUGAUAGCGAAUCUCCCUGCUUCACUCCUUUAUUAAUUAUGAAUUCUUCUGUGACUACUUUUUGUGUUUUAAUGAUAAUUUUUGUCUCUUGUAUCGUUAUUGAAUUAGUCACAUUAACUUUAUUGGUAUUCCUAAUUUUUGUAGGGCUAACUGCAGUUUUGUUCUUUUUCUUGAGUCAAAGGCUUAUUUAAAGUCUAUUUUAUGGUCAUACGCCUUUUCCAUUAUUGGCUUUAUUACACGGAUUGCAUCUGUAGUUGAUUUUCUCAGGGUGAAUUCACAUUGGUACUGUCAAAUCACCUUUUUUGUUGUUUGCGCUAGCCGUCUUUGUAUUAUUGCUGAAAGUAUUUUGUAAGCUGUAUUAAGAAGUGUUAUUCCUCUGUAGUUUUGAGAUAUUUGUUGGUCACCUUUUUUGUAGAUUGUUAUCACCUCUCCUAUUUCCCACUCUCGGCAUUUUUUCCUCUAUCCAUAUUUUCUGAAUUGGACAUAAUAGUCUUUCUUUAAAUUAGGU